AUGAGAGCUGGGUUGAGGCUGUUGCUGCUGGUUUCGGCAGCAGCUGUUUGUGUUUCAAAUGCUCAAACCGACAACAGCAGCGACAAUGACAAGCAGCAGCAGCGCAGCAUCUGGGAUGAACCCAUCAGAUUCAGCACCAAGACCAAAGACUCCUGCACCAUGGUGGUGUCUGCACCAGAGAACUACACCCGCCUUCGUGUCUCCUGCAAGGGCCAAACCCCAGGACGCUCUUACCACUGCGACUUCCAGGGCAAACCCACCCUGUGCCGGGCCUACAACCAGAACCCUCGCCACUACUUCACACAGAUGAUGUGGGAGUUGAGGAAACUGAGCCACGCCUGCCAGGGAACUAAAAUCUACCGCCCGCACAUGUGCAAGAAAUACCCAGAUGAGACUCAGAUGACCUUGCUGGCCUCCUGGCCCAAAACAGCCAACUUGAAGCCCUCCAAGCCCGCUCAGGAACCACGUAAACCAGCACUGCCAGCUCAGACCAAGCCUGUUACUUCUCCUAAACCUGUGAAGCCCAAUAAGCAGCCAGGCAAGGGGCGUCAGAGCAGGAAGACUACUCCUAAGCCUGAGAAAACCAGUGAUCACCCGACGGAGCUGCCUGAAUCCACAGCUUCCCGUCUUGCAUCCGAUUACUGCUGGAAGAGCUUCCAAGGCAUCUGCACCUACGUCAUCAACUGGUUCCAAAACUGA